AUGCCUACCGUUGGUGAACGUAUAUAUGAGCUUGCGGAGCCAGGCUUCCUCGGCGUCUGGGCUGCGUACAGUUUUAUGACGGUGAUGCUGGAAACCAUUCUGCGUGGUCAGCUACUUGCACCUAUAUUCAAGCUGCAGGAGAUCAAAGAAGAAGCCUUCUCAAGGUUCUGGAUAAGUUUCUCAGGUGCCCGAGAUAAAGCAAAUCAAGAUCCGAAUGCUCCUGUGCCAGAGCCCGCUGCCUCAAGUGCUCUUAUACCCCCACUCCUCGCCCAUGCGGACGGGGUUGUUCUUGACAUCGGCCCUGGGACAGGAACCCAAACGCCGCUUUUCACAAGCCCGAAUUUGCGGAUCAUGUAUGGUGCAGAGCCAUGUCUAGGUCUUCACGAGGACCUUUCUGCUAAGGUUGAAUCAUGCGGUCUGGGAUCCAAAUAUCGAAUUCUACACUGUGGAGCCCAGCCUGAUUCUUUGCUCCCUGCGCUGAAAAAGGCCGGCGCACUUGAUGACGAGAACAAUGAGGGAAAAGGUGUUUUUGAUACCAUUGUCUGUGUCCGAGUCUUGUGUUCCGUUCCGGAACCAGAGAAGACGAUAAAGGGCCUUUAUGACUUACUCAAACCGGGUGGGAAGAUAUUGAUUUGCGAGCAUGUGGUGAACCCUUGGACCACACCCAAAGGAAGCUCCGUUGCAAGAUUUGUUCAGGCUCUAUAUGGUCUUUCGGGCUGGAGCUUCUUCAUGGGGGGAUGUAAUCUCGAUAGAGACACUGAGCGUACACUUCGAGCUGUUGGUGAUGCUGAUGGUGGUUGGGGAAGCGUGGAUCUAGAAUCAUCGUUUACCUCAGGGCCAUUGCCCUACGUCUCUGGGACUCUAGUCAAGCGAGGAUGA